AUGCGACCAUGGCAUUUGGGUAAAUUAUUUGCCCUGGCUAUUCUGCAUUUUGUCUACUUGUAUUUCUUAAGUGACAGGUUAAGUGGUUUUGAUUUUUUAAGAUCCAGCGAAGACAAGUUACCUCGUGUUUUGGGUAACUUUGAACCGAAAGAAUCAUUAGAUCUUAUUGAUUAUGAUUUCUUCGAUGAAUAUCCAACCAAAAAGACUUUUAUUGUUGAAGGGGAAUCUGAAAAUAUAAACUUUUCAUUUAUAUAUUCUAAAAUAAACAACGAACUUUCAGAUGCAAUAGCCCCUGAUAGAGACAUCCCAGACACUCGAUUGCAAGAUUGUAAGUAUUUUAAUUACUCCAAAAACUUGCCCAAAGUAAGUGUUAUUAUUGUGUUUCAAAACGCAAUAUGGAGCUCAUUGAUACGAACCAUCUACAGCGUGAUCAACAGAACUCCCGCCCAAUUUCUUGAAGAAAUUUUGCUCCUUGAUGAUUACAGUUCUCUGAAUCAGGAGGAAGUCAUGAAUAAGUACAUGAAAAAGUUUAAUACUAAAAUGAAAUUUAUUAGAAAUGACAAACCGAAAGGUUUGGUCGCCACACGAUAUCGAGCUGCAAGAGAAGCACGUGGAGAAGUGAUAGUAUUUCUGGAUGCUUAUUGUGAGGUAAAUAUUAAUUGGUUACCUCCUCUAAUUACUCCAAUUUUCCAAAAUUCUACUUCCCUGACUGUGCCAUUUGUUGAUGUUAUUGACUCUAAGACUUUUGAAUAUCGAACUUUACGCAAAGAAAAAGACUACUAUCAUGGGAUUUUCGAUUGGGGCAUGCUCUACAGAGAAAGCAAACUUCCAUCGAUUCUUCACAAGAAAGGAUACGACAGUCGACCUUACGUAUCACCAACUCAUCCUGGUGGAGUAUUUGCCAUAAACCGUAAUUUUUUCUUAGCCAUUGGUGCCUAUGACCCGGGUUUGGUAGGAGGAAAAGGAGAAAAUUUGGAGUUGUCUUUCAAGAUCUGGAUGUGUGGGGGAAGUAUAAUAUGGGUUCCGUGCUCUCGCGUAGGACACAUUUUUAAAGGUGUUGCUCCUGCUAUGUUAGGCCAGACAGUAGACAGCAACAGAGGACCACCAAAGCUCAUUAACUUAAAGCGCAUUGUAGAAGUUUGGCUUGAUGCCCAAUAUAGAAAUAAUUUUUACACUAUAGAACCUCUAGCCCGAUAUGUAGACCAUGGUGAUAUUUCAAAGCAAAUGGCUUUGAAAAAGAAGCUUCAAUGUCAAUCAUUUCAAUGGUAUAUGAACACUUUAGCUUAUAGUGUCUUAAACACCUAUCCAGAGCCACCUCCAAAUCAGCUUUCAGGAGAACUUCGUAAUGUAGCUUCGCAGACAUGCAUGAUUCAAAAUAAAAUUGGAUCGUUUGCACUAUUAGUAAUGGCACCUUGUAAUAGCGCGGAGCUGGAGCUGGAGCCGGAGGCGACGCGCGUGCUGGGCGGGCAGGCGGCUGGGCGCGCGCUCUCCUGGUUCGCCAUGCUGCACCCGCCCGGCCGCUCCACCAUCGCCGUGUGCGGGGGCACGCUCGUCUCCGCGCGGCACGUGCUCACCGCCGCCCACUGCGUGCAGGCGUGA